UGGGAACACCCUCCCAGCCUAAGUAUACAAGUACAAAUUAAAAUCCUUUCAGCAAAAUACAAAUUUGAACUUCUUCCAGCCAAAUACACAUUUGCAAAUAAAGAAAACAACCAUAAGCCUAACUCGCCUUAUCUACCUAGUACUCACUAGUCUGACCUUAUAAGAGCCUGUAUUGGAGAGAUUGAAGAGAAACCUGGUUGCAUGUCUGGUCCCUCUGAGCCCCCAGAGUGAACAACAACCAAACACUAACAGCACACGCAAAAACUUCCCUCCCUCAAGAUUUGAAAGUAUCCUGUCCUCUGAUUGGCCCUCCGGUCAGGUGACAGCCAGGCUCACUGUUCUUGUUAACCCUUUCCAGGCAAAGAGAUAUGAAGCACUUCUGUUCUAUUAACUUUUCUUAUCUGUUUAUGACAGGGCCCUUCAGUAAAGCUGGCUAGGAAUAGCUCCCUGCAGCCUGCCCACUCUGGUAACCAGGGCAUGUCUGCGCUGAGCCACUGCUUUCUCCUCUCUCUCCAUUCCAGGCUGCUGUCUAUCAACCUGACCAACUGCAAGUAUGAGAGCGUGAGGCGUGCUGCCCGACACUGUGGUCUAAAAGAAGUGGGGGAGGAUGAGGAGUGGACGGUGUACUGGACUGACUGCUCGGUCUCUCUGGAGCGCGUCAUGGAAAUGAAGAGGUUUCAGAAAAUCAACCAUUUCCCGGGGAUGACAGAGAUCUGCCGGAAGGACCUGCUGGCCCGCAACCUCAACCGCAUGCUCAAACUCUUCCCCAAAGAGUACAGCAUCUUCCCCCGCACCUGGUGCCUGCCUGCUGACUAUCGAGGUUUCCAGGCCUACGGGCGCAUGAGGAAAAACAGGACGUACAUCUGCAAGCCAGACAGUGGCUGCCAGGGGAGGGGCAUCUUCAUAACCCGCAACCCAAAGGAGAUUAAACACGGGGAGCACCUGAUCUGCCAGCAGUACAUAUCCAAGCCCUUCCUUAUUGAUGGCUUCAAAUUUGACCUGCGAAUCUACGUCCUGGUCACAUCCUGUGACCCCCUGAAGAUUUUUGUCUAUGAGGAAGGGCUGGCCCGGUUUGCCACCAUGAGGUACAUCGAGCCCAGCAGCAGCAACCUGGAUGAUAUCUGCAUGCACCUAACCAACUAUGCUAUCAACAAACAUAAUGAAAACUUCAUCCGAGACGACAUGAUGGGCAGUAAGAGGAAACUGUCUACCUUGAAUGCCUGGAUGAUGGACAACAGCUGCAACACAACAGAACUCUGGGAAGACAUUGAGGACAUCAUUAUAAAGACCCUUAUCUCAGCCCACCCUGUUCUGAAGCACAACUACCGCACCUGCUUCCCCAACCACAUCACUGGCUGUGCCUGCUUUGAGAUUCUGGGCUUUGACAUCCUGCUAGACAGAAAGCUGAAACCCUGGCUGCUGGAGGUGAAUCACUCGCCCAGUUUCACCACGGACUCGCGCUUGGACCGAGAGGUGAAGGACGCUUUGCUCUGUGACACCAUCAAGCUGAUAAACCUGCGAGCCUGUGACAAGAGGAAGGUGCUGGAAGAGGACAAGCGACGGGUGAAGGAGCGACUCUUCCAGGCCCACCAGCCACCUCGUGAAGCCAGACGUGAGAAGUUAGAGAGCAGCCAGGCGGCCUGGCUGGCCCAAGCGGAGAAGUAUGAGAACACGCACCUGGGAGGGUACCGGCGCAUUUACCCCACGCACGAGACAGACAAGUAUGAGCCAUUCUUCAAGCACAGUGGCUCCCUCUUCCAGGAGACGGUGGCUUCCAAGGCAAGAGAGAAGUGUGCCAGGCAGCAGCUGGAGGAAAUUCGCUUGAAGCAAGAGCAACGAGAGGUUACUACUGGGAAGAAGAAAAAGGAGCGAAAGGAGAACCUGCAGGGAAAGUCCGCUGGGGAGAAAUCCCGCAUCCGCAGCAAGGCCAAGGCUCCUCCCACUCGCCUCACCUACAACAGCGCCAGGACCUGCGACAGGAAGGUGCAGCAGAUGGUGUUUGACUCCAUGCGGCCCCAGGAGAUAGUGGAAGAUGAGGAAGUAGAGAGGAUCAAGGCUCUUCUGCAGCGCAAAAACCUCAUACGGGGUCUGGGCAUCGUGGAUCAGCUCUCUCGGCUGCUUCACACAACUGAGCCCAGGCCUGUGGAUGUCCACAGGCCCCACAUCAAUAUCUCCGAGAGCCAGGUAAAGGUGGGCUGCUUAGAGGCAUCUCCCAGGGCUAGUGCAGUAGUUAGUGUUCUUGGUGAUCCUGCACACACAGGAGCAGGAGGAGCUGAGGACACGGGGCACCGCUGGCCUGGAGAAGUUCCUCUCGCUGGGGUAAGUGAGAAAUGAGGGCUGGGGCUGGGUCCUUGGGUUGGCCUGUUUUUAUGGUAAUUUUUCCUGUGUUCAAAAGGGUCAAAAAGUGAUUCCUUAGGGACACCUCAAGAGCUCAGAGGAGGGUCCAGGCUCCUGACAUGAGGGGUCUCAUCUUAUCAGCAUCCCAUGGAACAGAACAGAGGAGCCUGCUCUCUGAAUAUGGAAGUGCUGCCUCUGGACCCCACAAGUCCCAAUGUGCAGUACAGCCUGCUGUCCUGGCUCGAGGCUGAGCUGUGCAUACUGGAAUAUCUGGUCUCAGUGCCCUUGUCUUCACUAGGGAACACAGGUGUGUUCCUCACCUGAGGUAGCAAACAGGAGUAAAAGCCUUGUGAAAAAGAGGAGCUGCUCUGCUGGAGAAGAAGGGGCUGUUGUUCUCGGCCAGCUCUACACUACAGUUUUGUCAGCACAGCUGUGUUGGUGAGGGAUGUGAAGACACACACAACCCACAGGCUCUGCUGGCAGAACCCCGGUGUAGACACAGCUGUGCCCACAGACGAGCUCUCUGCUGGCUUAGCUAGCGUCAUUUGGGGAGGUGGCCUUUCUACAGGGGCCAAAAAAUUCCUCCUGUUGACAUAUGCUCUGCGGGCAUGGCUGCAUGGGCAGAGCCUGUGUCGUGUAGACUAGCCCAUAUAGUCACUUGUCAGACUUGAACUGCACUUGUGGUAUAUUUCCAGUGAUCAAGUGCAGGAUGUGGGGAGAGGGUUCCAGUCACAUGCCACAGGAUGGCUGGUAUUACUGCCCACGUGAGCUCCUGUAGGCACUGGAAAUGCCUUGAAUGCCCCUUCCUCCUGCAGUGAAAAAAAUUACUGUCAUCUGUAGGGAAAACAACAAGUUUGGGGAAGCCAGAGUCUCUGUCAGACACCAAGCCUUUGUCAGGGAAAACAUAUGGCCAUGAGUGUGAUGUUCUGCUGCACUCCCUGUCCUAGUGCCAAUCUUCAUAUACCAAUGAGCAGCAGCAAGAGAAUGGGGACCUACAAUGCUGGGCCAUUAGACAUCCCAUAAAGAUCAGAUCACCUUUAGAUACGGGGGCUAUUUCUCCAUUUCAGUAAUAGUUUUACUGGCUGAAGAAAGUGAACUCUGGAGUAGCUGUCUAGGAGCUGGGAGACCUAUGUAAAGGGAGCCCUUUGACAAAGUGGGGCUGAAAGGAGCAACAAAGAUUUGUCUAAAAAUUGCACCCUGGCAAAUGCCCAUCCCUGAUCUCUUGGCAUUCUGUGGGGCUGGUCCCUCCCAGGGAAAGUGACAGCAGUCUGCAGCACGUUUACUAACUGCACACACAGUGCAUGUCACAUAGCUUGAGUGCUUUAGAAACGUGCACUGUGCUAAGGAUAAUUAGUAAUGCCCUGUUCUCAGCAUAAAGCAGGUCACUCAGGAGGCUGAAAGAAUGAGGAGUACUUAUGGCACCUUAGAGACUAACACAUUUAUUUGGGCAUAAGCUUUCAUGGGCUAAAACCCACUUCAUCAGAUGCAUGGAGUGGAAAAUACAGUAGGAAGAUAUAUAUACACAGAGAACAUGAAAAGAUGAGGGAUGCCAUACCAACUCUAAUGAGACAAAUCUAUUAAGGUGGGCUGUUAUCAGUAGGAGAAAAAAACUUUUUGUAGUGAUAAUCAAGAUGGCCUAUUUCCAACAGUUGACAAGAAGGUGUGAGUAACAGUAGGGGAAAAAUAGCACGGGGAAAUAGUUUUUAAUUUAUGUAAUGACCCGUCCACUCCCAGUCUUUAUUCAAGCCUAAUCUGAUGGUGUCCAGUUUGCAAAUUAAUUCUAGUUCUGCAGUUUCUCGCUGGAGUCUGUUUUUGAAGUUUAUUUUGUUGAAGAAUUGUGACUUUUAGGUCUGUAAUUGGGUGACCAGGGAGGUUGAAGUGUUCUUCAACUGGUUUUUAAAUGUUAUAAUUCUUGACGUCUGAUUUGUGUCCACUAAUUCUUUUGCGUAGAGACUGUCCGGUUUGGCCAAUGUACAUGGCAGAGGAGCAUUGCUGGCACAUGAUGGCAUAUAUCACAUUGGUAGAUGUGCAGGUGAACGAGCCCCAGAUGGUGUGGCUGAUGUGAUUAGGUCCUAUGAUGGUGUCCUUUGAAUAGAUAUGUGGACAGAAUUGGCAACAGGCUUUGUGGCAUAGAUAGAUUCCUGGGUUAGUGUUUUUGUUGUGUGGGCUUCUGCCUGCAAAGCUACUGGCCCACUCUGGAUGGGUGUCCCAGUAUCAAGCCCAGAGCGUUGCUGCAGUACAGAUUCUGCUGCCAUAUCCAGUGCACUCCCUGGACUCCCGUGUGUCAGCAGACAGUGCUGCAACAGAACAACGGACACUUCAAAUGGCUGCUCCAAUGGAAUCCGGAACUGGGAAACAUCCGAGUGAGAUGAGAGGCUGUCAAUAACCUAGUCCCAGAUUUGGACCUUAGCAUCCAAAAUAUGGGGGUUAGCAUGAAAACCUCCAAGCUUAGUUACCAGCUUGGACCUGGUAAAGCUGCCACCCAAAAAAUUAGAGUGUUUUGGGGCACUCUGGUCCCCCCAAAAACCUUCCCUGGGGACCCCAAGACCCAAAUCCCUUGAGUCUCACAACAAAGGGAAAUAAACCUUUUUCCUUCCCCCCUCCAGGUGUUCCUGGAGAGAUACACAGAAGCAAACUCCGUGAAUCUAAACAGAGGGACUCCACCCUCCCCGUUCCCAGCCUUGGAAAACAGAAGUACCGAGAGUUAAUCUCUCUUCCCCCCUCACCCAGAGGGAAUGCAAAGUCAGGCUAGUAAAUCUCACACACACAGAUUUCCCCCUGACUUCUUCCUCCCACCAAUUCCCUGGUGAGUACAGACUCAAUUCCCUGGAAUUCCCCACUAAAGAAAAACUCCAACAGGUCUUAAAAAGAAAGCUUUAUAUAAAAAGAAAGAAAAAUACAUAAAAAUGGUCUCUCUGUAUUAAGGUGAAACAUACAGGGUCAU